ACAUUUUUCUUACUUCGGUGGUUCGUGAAUAUAUAUAUAUAUAUAUCCAUCGAGNCUUCCUAGACAUAACUAAAUUAUUCGAUCUUGAUCAUUUUGCUUUUAGCACUCACUCGGGUGACGGCGACUCCUACAGCUCGGCUGCUGCAAAACGUGAAGCCAAAAUUAAACAAUACAAAGAAAAGAAGGCUCUUGAGCAAAAGCUGGAAGAAAUGGCAUCCUACGUCGAUCAACCACACGUAGACGAAGAAGUUAAACGCGACUAUAACUUAACACUGGUUCGCCGCUGGAUGUACCUUGUAAAUGAAGAGUUACAAACCCUGGUCCAGGAAGAACAGUUUCUCGUUAUGAACCCCGAACAACUAAAGCAAGCUGAAGAAACUGAGAAACGAAAUCCACAACUUACAAAACCUUUCAUCCUCACACGGAAUGCCGUGCAAGCAGCUGUCUUUGGUACAGGCUACCCCAGUUUGCCAACUAUGACUGUGGAAGAGUUCUUCGACCAGCAGCCAACUCCCCUAAGUGAACUGCCAAUGGUUCACCAACCCGGAUAUCGGCUUCGCGUCCUCUCUCUUUUUGAUGGGAAAACACCUCCGCCACGAGAAGACAGCAAAAAGAUCCCCCAGCCUGAACGUGAGACGGAAGUCUCGUUCGAUGAUCGAGACAAAGCUGCAUCGGGCUGA